ACGGUGUUUCCUGCAUUUCUUCACCCGCACGUUGCUUCCGGUCCUCUUGAACCGGGCGGAUGGCCGGUGCUUCCAUAGACCCGACCCGGGCUCCGGUGGCCUUCGGCCGGCGGGCCGUGCCGCAGCUGUUCGGGGAACUUCUUCAGCCAGAGACCGGCACGAGGCUCCGGGCUCUGGCUUCUCUCUGCGACCUGAUCCACGACCCGGAGCGGAUCCAGCAGACCGCCCACGGGGGUUUUCUAGAGCAGCUGAAAGUUUUGUUUAAAGAUGAAGAUUCUUCAGUCAGAACAAAAACAUGCGAGCUGCUUCACCUGCUGACCUCCCAUAGUAUCGGCAGACAGGCCCUGCUGGCCUCCUCCCUCCUGCCUCCUCUGUCUCAGCUGCUGGACGACUCCUCCUCCUCCUGCAGGAGGCGUGUCCACGGCGUGCUGAACCACCUCGCUCUGCUGCCUGCAGGUGCCGAAGCUCUGCUGACUCUGGUUCCUAAACUGAUGCUGAAGCUCAAAGAGCAUGAGGAGGCGCAUGAGGAGGAGGAGGAGGUGCUGCUCCUCUCCACCAUCAGGUCCUGCUCCAGGCUGGACGCUCUGCCCGCUCUGGCCUCGGACGGCGUCUCGCUGCUGGGACGCAAACUCUCCCAUCGCUCCCCAAACAUCCGCAGGGAGGCGGCUGGAGCUCUGAUGGCCCUCAGUGUGUGUGAGGACGGGAGGCGGCAGGUGUGUGAGGAGGCGCUACUUCCUGUCCUGGUCGACCUGCUGCAGGACGCAAACGUGGAGGUUCAGGCCAACGCCGCCGGAGUCAUCAUGUACACCGGGAUCAACACCGCAGGUAAGCAGCGAUGUCUGGACCUGAACGUGGUCCCCGUGCUCCUCGGCCUGGUGUCCAGAGAGGAAGAGGAGGAGGAGAGGAGGAGGAGGAAGGCCCUGGUCAUGUACUCCCUGAGGGCUCUGUUGGUGCUGGCCGAGGCUCCGGCCGGCCGCAGCCUCCUGCUGAAGCAGCUCCCCCUGCUGGUGAGGAGGAGCGGGGCGGCGGAGGAGGACCAGGACAUCCGGCGGGCCGCUCAGACCGCCGUCAGGGUCGUCACCUGGACCCCCUGAGAGCCGGUGACCUCUGACCUCUAGAACAGUGCCCUAAUAAACAAUGAUUAUUAUUUA